AUGAGGGACAGGCUAAUACACCUUCAUCAGGUGCAGAGUGACUCUGAGGGUUUCAGUGGAGUGGAGCUGGAGGACCUGUCAGGACCAGAGGCCGCAGGAUCACACUGUGGCCAGGACCUGGAUGGUGUCCUGCAGGAGGCCCAAGAGAUACGUCUGGAGAUCCAGCAGAUCCACAACGACAUCACUGAGCUGAAAGAUGUGAACUACCAGGCCCUAAACAAAACCACACACACCACUGCUAACAAGCGAGACUCCAAUGCAAUCGGGGCAGAUAUUAAACGCAGAGGAGAAGGUGUUCUGCAGCGGCUGCACAUGAUGAACGCUCUCAGAGGGGAACUGGAGGAUCAGCGUGGCAGCUCUGACUCCACAGCGCGGAUCGCUCGGACACAGUACCAGUGUCUGAGCAGUGCUCUGCAGGAGGCUAUGUCCAGCUACAACAACACAGAGAUGAGCCACAGGGAUGCUUGUAAACGUCAGAUCCAGAGGCAGAUGGAGGUGGUGGGCAGGGAGGUGAGCGAGGAGCAGCUGGAAGAGAUGAUGGAGGGCGAGGAGUUGAACGUGUUCAGCGUCCAGGUGGAGGGCAAAACGGCCCGCUCUGCCUUACUGCAGAUCGAGAGUCGUCACAAGGAGCUGCUGGAGUUGCAGAAGAGGAUGGAGGGGAUCCAGGAGCUGUUCCUGGAUGUGGCCCUGCUCAUAGAGGACCAGGGGACCUCCUUCGAAAGCAUCCAGAAAAGUGUCCAAAGUGCUGACGUGGCCGUUCAGGAGGCAUCAGCCCAGCUGGAUAAAGCCACUGCAUCGGAUAAAAACAACCCCUUCAAGAAGAUGUUCUGUGGCUGCUUCCCAUGUUAUAACACAUAGGUGUGAUGAGGGGCCACAGGGUUUGGAUCAGCUUCAGUGAU